GCGGCCACGUGAAGGACGCACGUUCAUCGGGCAGCUCACGUGACUAGAGCGCGCUGCGGCUGCCCGGGCGGACCCGGCGAGAGGCGGCCGCGGCGGUGGCGGUGAUGGACGGGUCCGGGGAGCAGCCCAGAGGAGGCGGGCCCACCAGCUCUGAGCAGAUCAUGAAGACAGGGGCCCUUUUGCUUCAGGGUUUCAUCCAGGAUCGAGCAGGUCGGAUGGGGGGGGACACAUCAGAGCUGGCCUUGGAGCAGGUGCCCCAGGAUGCUUCCACCAAGAAGCUGAGCGAGUGUCUGAAGCGCAUCGGUGAUGAACUAGACAGUAACAUGGAGCUUCAGAGGAUGAUUGCAGCUGUGGACACAGACUCCCCCCGAGAGGUCUUUUUCCGAGUGGCAGCUGACAUGUUUGCUGACGGCAACUUCAACUGGGGCCGGGUUGUCGCCCUUUUCUACUUUGCCAGCAAACUGGUGCUCAAGGCCCUGUGUACCAAGGUGCCAGAGCUGAUCAGAACCAUCAUGGGCUGGACGCUGGACUUCCUCCGAGAGCGGCUACUGGGCUGGAUUCAAGAUCAGGGUGGUUGGGAUGGCCUCCUCUCCUACUUUGGGACCCCCACGUGGCAGACAGUGACCAUCUUUGUGGCCGGAGUGCUCACCGCCUCUCUCACCAUCUGGAAGAAGAUGGGUUGAGGCCACCAGCUGCCUUGGACUGUCUUUUCUGCAUAAAUUAUAGCAUUUUGGGGGGAGGAAUGGGGAUUGGGGGAUGUAGGCAUUUUUCUUACUUUUGUAAUUAUUGGGAGGGGUGGGGAAAAGUGGCCUGGUGGAGGUGGGGGACAAUAAACUUCCUUCAGGCCACA